GCUGUCGGUAAAGAAGGAGGCGUAAACCAACGCGUCAUUACAUGUCCUGAACCAGGUUUUUGUUGAAGAGGUCAUUUUUGGGUAGGAUAUCUCACCUAGUCAACACGUCGAAAUCAACACAUUUAUCGGGAAGGGAACAGCAAGACAGUUAGUGAAAAAAUUUCUAUCAUGGAGGUUGCAGAAAAGAAGAUGCCCAAACAGGCACAGCUGCUCUCUCUUGGCCGCAAGGACACCAGUCACCUCUUGGAAGUUUAUGUGAAGCGCAGCAUCAGUUUAAGUGACGGGACAUGUGAGGACCAGAGGUCACCAACAAAGCCUCGGAAGUGGGUGACACUGUCAGAGAAACGCAGAAGAGUCCACCGGCAUUCUAUUGACUCCUUGGUCACCUUAGGGCCCAGCAAACUUGACGAUGGCGAUGCCACCAGCACACCACCCGACGAGGGCUUUGUUAUACCAAAUGUGGCUCCUGUAGAAAUCCCAGGACCUGCUGAUAUUCCUGAGAUUGAUGCGUCUACUGAACUGGAGAAUAAGUCUAAAGAGGGAAAGAAGAGGACCAAAAGGCCCUCUCUCUGGAAAAGUUUUCUGGGUUUCUUCUCGAAGAAGGGGAGUGACCAGAAAGAUGAGCACGAGUCUGGUACAGAGACUGGUGGACAGUCGCAAGGAAACAAAUCCAUAAAAAAGCAAUGGCGCUCCAUGAGGAGACCUCUGAGAAAAAUAAAGAGUGACAGCUUCAGAGGGUCUGUGAGGAGAUCAUCGGCUCGGAACAGGGCCAACACUACAGAAAUAACUGGAGUUGAAUCGGUUGUGAGUGUGGUGCUCACAGACUCAUACUAUGAGAAAGUGUCAGAAGAGCUGGAGAAGAUUGUGUCUGAGGAGAAAGAGACAGACACAGCUUCUACAGAUGAGGACGUCAUCAAAAGGAUCAUUGUUCUGAUGAAGCAGCAAGGAGACGUCAUUGAUAACAAGCUGAAGGAGAACCCCAGCCUGAGCGCAUUCUUCCAGAAGCUGUCCUACAGUACCUUCCAGCAGUUGGCUGAUACGUACGUGGAGACAGAGACCCCUACAGGCCAGAGCCGCCAGACACCACACACUGUUGGGCCCGGGCCCGUCAACGCCCCGGAGCUGGUCAAGCUGGCCUUCACUCUGGACUUCACAGCCAGGGUGGCCUGUCUCUCCAGACAAUCCACAGGACACAUCAUGGGCCUGGGCAACCGCUACUUAGAGGCCCGCUUCACCCAGACACCAGAGGUUAAUCCAGAUCAGACGAUGCAUCACCAGGAUGGUCCUAAUCGUUGAUGCACCACCACAUGCAAAUGAGACCAACUAGUGCAGGGGAAACAUACUCAGUACUGUAAUAACACAUCAAGUGUUCCUUGGGAAAUAAAUAAAACCCAGAGGCAGGUCACCUCGGGAACACCACUUAUGGUAGUCCUUGUACCAGUAAAUUUCCACUAGGUCAUCUAAAUAACUACCAUGUGUACAGGUUAGUAAGUAAAAUAUAUCCACUUCUUACCACUUGUGGUGCAGUCUGCAUUUACUUAUCUGAAUUAGUGAUAGUAAGUACUAUGUAGCCUACUGUAACUGCAUGUACAGGUACAUUGGUUAUUUCCCCACAGCAGGGUAUCUUAAUCCUGGUUCUGUGAACUCAAAAGGGUGCACAUUUUUUGUUUUGCCCUAGCAAUACACACCUGAUUCUACUAAUCAAAGGUUUGAUGAUGAGUUGAUUAGUGACAUGAUGUGUGCAGUGCUAGGGUAAAAACUCAAAUGUGCACCCCUUUUGAGUCCUCAGAACCAGGACUAAGAAACACGUCCCUACAGUAACCCUAGAGUAAUGCAUUGUUUCUGGGGAUUCUACUCAUGACACGUGACAAAAUAAGAAAACCAAGCUAUUGAUCCAAACUAUUUAUGUAGCAAUAUUUCCACAUGGUAGAAAUAUAUUUUCUCUAAUACUGUGGUCCUGUGUGGCUCAGUUGUUAGUGCAUGAUGCUUGUAACACCAAGUGUCAGUUUCCACUGGAGACACCCAUAUAUGAAAUGUAAACACGCAUGACUGUAAGUCACUUUGGAUAAAAGACUCUGCUAAAUGGUAUAUAUUAUUUCUGCAAUAUCAAUGUUUUACAGAUUUUUUAGAAUGCACUUUACAAAACUUUAUCUGGCUAUGUAAUAAUGCAAUGCAAUGUCCUGCACUUUACACAGUGCACUUGUAUUAGUGCAAUUACAUGAAAACCGCAGCAUACUUCUGUUAACUUUUUUUAUGAACUAUUAUUGUUAUUGGCAGUGCAAUCUUUAGUUUCAUCAUUGUUUACCUGUUUUGCUUUUCAGUCUAAGGAUGAACAACUGCUGAUGAACAAUAUGACAUUUAUAUAGAUGUGUAUGCUGGCAUUCACACUAUUUGUUACAUGAAUAAAUUAUGUUUUUGUUAAAAAGCA